AUGAUACUCUUUCACUGGCUUUGCUUGAUCCUUCUGGCUUGUUUGGCCUCGGCUGCUAAUAAUGAACCAGCACUUACCUCAACAAAGUUCGAUCAUGGCUCAUCACGUAUUGCGUACUUCGAUGACUCUCCAACAAUCCUCAAUCUUAAUGACCAGCGUAUCUGGAAAUCAGACGAUAACGGUGUUUCAUGGUCAGAUAUGUCAUCGACUUUUCAAGAUGCAAAAAUAUCAUUUCUACAUAUUGAUAAAUAUCAUAAGGAGCGUGUGUUUGCCAUCAGUGAUUCUCAGACACAUUGGUUCACUAAUGAUAAGGGGAAGCUGUGGAAAUCUUUCACAAUUGAUGAAGAACUCACGGUUACUAAAAGACUUUUCAUAAGUGAAAACAUGAACACCCCUGACAAUGUCCUUUUUAAAAUACUUGAUUGUUCAAAUAUCUUUGAUUGCACCAGUAGCUAUUACUAUACUAAUGAUCAAUUCGCUCAGCCUCCAAAGAAAAUUGAGAGUGUAGCAAACCCAAUGUUUUGUGCUUACACCGCUACCAAGUCUAACGGGAAUAUCGAUGAUAUGAUUUGUAUUUCGAAUUCGCAUGAUGCCAAAGGCAGAAUAAAAUCCACAGAUGUCAUUCAAUCUAAAGAUUAUUUCAAAACGAGUAACCAGAUUAUGUCCGAGGGUUUAUCAGAAGUUUUCAUUUAUGAUUUUGAUGUUGUCGAAUCUUUUAUCGUUAUUAAGGCUUUCACCGAUCGUUAUUCGGAUCAGUCAUACGUUCAACUCUUUGUUUCUAAAGACGGUAUUGACUUCAAAAAAGCCAAUUUCCCAGGCGAUCUCAAGAGUGAAUCAUUUAUUAUUUUACCGUCUAAUGAAAACUCCCUUUACGUUUCUGUUUGGGGUCUCAAAAAGAAAAUUAGUACCCAUUUGAGCACCAUCAUUUCUGAUCUUUAUGCCUCUGAUUCUGAUGGGUUUACUUUCCGCAAGCUUGACAAUCUUGCUGAUGAGUCCGAUUAUUAUGGGUUCCAUAGUGUUGAAAAAAUUUCUAAUUUAGAUGGCGUUUGGUUAGGUAAUAUUAUGGCUGGUUAUUCUGAUUUCAGCUUCGACCCACUUGUCAAAUCAAUGAUAUCUAUGGAUGAUGGCCGUUCUUGGAAUCUUCUCAAAUAUGAAAUCCCCCCUGAAUCAAAAACCAAGGCUUAUUGUAACUCUGAAUCGACUUGUCAUCUUCAACUUAUUGAUGCUAUUGAAAUGACCGGCGAUGGCAAUUUCGAAUCCGGUCCAACUCCUGGAAUUUUGCUUGGUGUUGGUGCUGUUUCCGAUACUUUAGUAUGGGAUUAUGAAAAGUUAUCGACUUGGGUCUCAAGAGAUGGUGGUUAUAGUUGGUUCGUUGCAUUGGAUGAACCAUGCGUGUUUAGCAUUGGUGACCAAGGAAAUGUCAUUGUCGCAAUUCCAUAUUACAAGACAGGAUCAUUCAGCUCUAUUGAAAAUUCUGCCGCUCUGGAUCGUUCCAUUUACUAUUACUCCGUUGAUCAAGGUACUACAUGGAAAGAGGGCCAUUUCGACAAGGGACUUUUCCCAACUUUGUUAACUACAACUAUUGACGGGUCCUCUCAAAAGUUUAUAUUCGCGGGGUAUGAUAUGGCUGGUGCCACCAAUGAACUCCAGGUUUUUGAGAAUGCAUAUUAUGUGUUUAGCAUGGAUUUCAGUGAUAUUUUUGGCGGGAAAACUUGUGGCAAUGGAGAUAUGGAAGAAUUUGUUGCCCGUAGUGGUGAAGGCACUGAGGAUGGUAUCUGUAUCAUGGGCCACAAAGAAAAGUUCCAGCGUCGUAAAAAAGAUGCCGAAUGUUUUGUCAAUAAAUUGUAUCAAGACGUUGAGCCAACCAUUGAAACCUGCGAUUGUACUAUUCAUGAUUUUGAAUGUCAAAAAGGUUUCAGAUACGAAAAUGGUGAAUGUGUCGCCGAUCUUAAAUAUUUCAGAAAUGUUUGUGUUGAUAAUCCAACCACCGAAUCUCAUAUGGCUAAAAUUCUGAAGAUUCCUGGCAAUACUUGUAAUAUUGGCAAUUUCAAAUUGGAGGAUAAAGAUUAUUUUGACUUAAACUGUCGUGACUUGCUUGCAAAUUCUCCUGCCCAUGAUAUCAGAGUUUCUCGUAAUGGUAUUCCAGGUAGUGUUCAGCAAUAUGUUUAUCUUGAUCAAUCUGCCGAUAACUUGAGGGAUGAAACUGUGCUUGUUCUCACAUCAACGAAAAGGCUUUAUAUUUCUCACAAUGGUGGUCUUGAAUUUUUCUGGGCUAGCGUUGAUGAUGAGGAUGUCCUUGCCAUUGUGGAAGAUAAAUACAAUAGCGACCAUGCGGUGCUCUUGACUCCUAAGGACACUAUUUAUGUGACAAAGGAUCGUGCUCAACUGUUCCAAGGGUUUAAAGCUCCAAGCAGACUUAAUCCAAAGGGGUUUGUUCCGCUUUUUUUCCACCCAAAUAACACCGAGGAAAUGAUUUUUAUUGGUGAAACCGCAGAAUGUGCACAAAAUAUAAAUACUCCACAGUGCCUGUCUAUGGCUUAUUUGACUAAAAAUGGCGGGGAAACAUGGGUUGCAAUGCUUAGGGAUGCUAGAUCUUGCGAUUUCGCCGGUGCAAGGUUCAAGACAGAUGAUGAGCUUAUAAUUUGUGAGCGAGUGAACAAUGAUGGUUCAGUGAAAAUUUUGAGCUCACGUACUCAAUUCCAAACACCAGAUGAAAUAAAAACUCAUUUUGAACAUGCUGUGGGUAUUGCUACAGAUGACAAAUUUAUUGUGGUGGCUGAUAUUAUUGAUGGUGAGACUGCGUUGAAGUCCUUGACCACCUUGGAUGGCGAAACUUUCGCUCAUGCCAAAUUCCCUCAUGACUUUAAUGUGGACAGUGAACAAGCUUACACUGUCUUCAAGACUUUCUCCAAAUCUAUUUAUUUGCAUGUUACCACUAGCAAUUUGAGAAACGCAGAAUUCGGUAGCAUUUUGAAAUCCAAUUCAAAUGGUACUAGCUAUGUAUUGAGUGAGGAUUUUGUCAAUAGAGAUGCGGCUGGUUAUGUCGAUUUUGAAAAGAUUCAAGGGAUUGAAGGGGUUGCAGUUAUCAACGUUGUGUCCAAUCAUGAAGAGGUUGUUGAUGCAAAAACUGGAGCUUCCAAAAAAUUGAAAACCAAAAUAACUCAUAAUGAUGCUGCUGAAUGGGCGUACCUCGCGCCCCCAGCUGUUGAUUCUGAAGGUAACGCUUAUCCAUGUGUUAAACAAGGGAAACCAUUUCUGGAGUGCUCUUUGAAUCUUCAUGGAUUUACCGAGCGUGUUGAUUUCCGUGAUACUUAUUCAUCGGGGUCUGCAGUCGGUAUGAUGAUUGGUGUGGGUAAUGUUGGAGACUUCUUGGAUAAUGAUAGAUCUACCAGCUCAACAUUCUUGACUCGUGACGGUGGUAUCACUUGGACUGAAAUCCAUAAAAAGGCGAUGAGCUGGGAAUAUGGUGAUCAGGGUAGUAUUCUUAUGCUCGUUGACCAAACAGAACCUACUAAAGAAUUCACCUAUUCAUUAGAUGAGGGUCUCACAUGGCAAACUUACGAGUUUACUACUGACGCCGUGAUGAUCAAAGAUAUAGCUACUAUUCCAUCAGAUACAUCACGCCGUUUCAUUUUGUUUACAUCGGCUGGCGAAGCUGAACAAGGAUAUAGUCUUGCAUUUGGUAUUGAUUUCAGCAAUGUGUUUUCCCGUCAAUGCUCUCUUGAUCUUGAUCGUUUGGAAUCUCCAGGCCAGGAUUUUGAGUACUGGAGUCCAAAGCACCCAUUCCUUGCUGACAAUUGUCUCUUUGGCCAUGAAGCUCGUUACCUCCGUCGUAAACCAGAACAUUCAGAUUGCUUCAUCGGAGCUGCUCCACUAAAUGAAGGUUUCAAAGUCUUGCGUAACUGCUCCUGUACCCGUCGUGAUUAUGAAUGUGACUACAACUUUGCAAGAUCCUCAGAUGGCACUUGUAAACUUAUACCUGGUCUUAAACCAAAAGAUCCAAAAGAAAUGUGUGUUAAUGAUAAAGCGGUAGAGUAUUUCGAACCAACCGGUUACCGUCGUGUUCCUCUCAGUACUUGCGUCGGAGGAAUGCAAUUGGAUCAUUACGAAGCAAAACCUUGUCCAGGGAAGGAACUGCAAUACGAUAAGCUUCACGGAUCGGGAUUACGUGGGUUUAACUUGUUCUUGGUUAUUGUCAUUCCAAUCGCCGCGUUCUUUGGGGCAACGUGGUUUGUUUACGACAGAGGUAUCAGACGUAAUGGUGGAUUUGAACGCUUGGGGGCGAUCAGACUUGAAGAAGGAGACGAUGGUGCUGGUCUCGGCUUCCCUACUAGAGUGGAAAACACUCCAACCGAUAAAGUGGUCAACAAACUUGUUGAUCUUGGGGUCAUGAUGUUCAUGGGAAGCGUUGCCAUCUUCCAUUUUAUCCAAAGGGUCCGUAAGAAUGUCACUUCUGGUAGAAGUCCAUUCGCUACUAAUGGCCGCGGACGUUACUCAUCUAUCAAUAACCAUCAGGUUUUCCUCGAUGAUGAUGAGGAUUUCUUGGGCUCAGAAGAAGAAGAUGAUGAUGUCGAUGGAGAAGAUGAUCAAUUGAUUAGCAACCCAGCAGAUGAAGAGUUUGAUGAUGAUGCGAGAAGUCUAACAAGCGAUAUCUUGAAUGACGGUACUUGA